GCAAUCCAGUGCCCUAACGUCCACGGUAACAUCACCAUCCCCCUCUCCAUAUCGUUAGAUCACUAGUCCACACGUACAACCGUACUCGUGACCGUAGCCAAUCAAAUCUCAAAAGCAUCCACUUUACACACUGAAAUGUGUGAACUGUGAACCGUUAAAUACCUUCCACCGCCUCAAACUCCCACCGUCGUCACCGGAAUAUCUGAUCGGAAUACCAGAUCUAGUCGCCGGAGAUACAAUAACAGACACUAAACUUACAAUUUCAGAUAAACGCGAAGAGAAAUGGCAACGGCGAGAGUAGAUCUGGACGGAAACACGAUAACUCCGAUGACAAUAUGCAUGAUCGGCGCCGGAGGUUUUAUCGGCUCGCAUUUGUGCGAGAAGCUGAUGGCGGAGACGCCGCACACGGUGUUAGCCGUUGAUGUGUAUAAUGAUAAGAUCAAACACCUGCUUGAACCGGACUCUCUUCCGUGGAACGGUCGCAUUCAGUUCCACCGGCUUAAUAUCAAGAACGAUUCUCGUCUCGAAGGACUCAUUAAGUGCUCCGAUCUGACUAUAAAUUUGGCAGCUAUUUGCACUCCCGCGGAUUACAAUACACGUCCUCUUGAUACUAUCUACAGCAAUUUCAUUGAUGCACUUCCUGUGGUUAAGUACUGCUCCGAGAACAACAAGAGGCUCAUUCACUUCUCUACGUGUGAAGUAUAUGGCAAGACAAUAGGUAGCUUUCUUCCCAAAGACAGCCCCUUACGUCAGGAUCCUGCUUACUACAUUCUCAAAGAAGACACAUCCCCAUGCAUCUUUGGCUCAGUUGAGAAGCAGAGAUGGUCGUAUGCAUGUGCUAAACAAUUGAUAGAGAGGCUAAUAUACGCCGAGGGUGCAGAGAACGGUCUCGAGUUCACCAUAGUAAGACCUUUCAACUGGAUUGGCCCUAGGAUGGAUUUCAUUCCCGGAAUCGAUGGUCCCAGUGAGGGCGUUCCAAGAGUUCUAGCCUGCUUUAGCAAUAAUCUCUUGAGAAGGGAGCCUCUCAAGCUUGUGGAUGGCGGUGAAUCACAAAGAACCUUUAUUUACAUCAAGGAUGCCAUUGAGGCUGUUCUUUUGAUGAUUGAAAAUCCAGCAAGAGCUAGUGGUCAUAUCUUCAAUGUAGGCAACCCUAACAAUGAAGUUACAGUCAGACAACUUGCUGAAAUGAUGACUAAGGUGUAUUCGAAAGUAAGUGGAGAAGAGGCAAUAGAGAGUCCCACCAUUGAUGUCAGCUCCAAAGAGUUCUAUGGAGAAGGUUAUGACGACAGUGAUAAAAGAAUUCCAGACAUGACCAUCAUAAACAAACAAUUAGGUUGGAAUCCCAAGACAUCCCUUUGGGACUUGUUGGAAUCGACACUUACAUAUCAACACAGGACAUAUGCUGAAGCCAUCAAGCAAGCAAUUGCAAAACCAACAGCAAAUUAAAAAUGUAAGGAUACUUGUUCUGCGUCGUUUUGGUUCUUUUUUCAUAGUCAUCAUCGUAUAUCUAUCUGGUUGAGGUUCGGGUUCGUUUUCUCAUAUAUACACAAACAUUAUAUUUCUUUCAUACACAUUUAUAUCAACAGUUGCUAAGAGAAGUUUGUACUUGUAAUGUCUAAGGAAAUCUGAGUGUUUUGUGUUGUAUUCUUUUGUUAGAGAGAUAUUAUUUGUGCUAUAAUUUAUUAUUUAUUUGAACUAAUUCAGCUAA